GAUUACUUCAGCACAACCUGGAAGCACCCACCUAAUUUUAUUCCGUCCAAAAGUUCAGAACACAGACCAAAAAAAUCAAAAUGGCUUGGGAACCAACAAAGCCAAGGCAGCCAAUUGCUGCGAUGUACAACGGCCCUGGACCAGGACAGUAUCUCCUUCCAGGUGGCACAGGUACCAUGAGGUCCGACCCUCGUAAGAAGCAGUUACCCGCCUACAGCUUCGGUACCAGACACCGCGAAUACACCGACGAUUGCAGCCCCGGUCCACGUUACCUAAUCGACUCACGCCUUACGAGGACAGGAAAGAGCGGAGACCCACACUAUUCUGUGUACAGCAGACCCGGCGAUGUGCGCGUGUUCAGCACCCCAGGACCCGGGCGCUAUUCACCUGAGAAGGCUGGCCAGAAUGCCUACCGGAAGGCGGCUUCCUACUCCUUUGGUGCACGAACAAAAGGAAGCAAACACGAUAAAUCUCCAGCUCCCAACAACUACUCUCUGCCAAGUAUUCUGGGAGGUAAAUCCAGCGCUGUAAACUCUGCACCCAACUACUCCAUGACUGGUCGCAGUAAGAUCGGCGCAGUCGACGAAGAUCUAUCCAAGACCCCAGGCCCUGGAACAUACCGAGUUGUAGAGCCUUCAAUUUAUAAGAAGAGAGAUCCCCUGUAUUCAAUGACCGGAAGAAACACGAUGCCAAGUGACUCAACGCAAAAGCCAGGACCGGGUGGACACUGCCCUGAAAAGGUUAUUAUCAACAAACCUCAAGCACCCAAGUUCUCUUUCGGUGUGAGACACUCAGAGUACACAACGCCAAUGAUUUCAGAGCCAUCUGAUUAAAUUAGUCUUAUCAUUUAAAAAAAGGUAGCUUUGGGGAACAUCACUACACUCUGCAACAAACUGUUUUUCACUGCCCUUUUGCUAUGGCAUAGCUCUCCAGUGUGGAGUUAUGGAAAGGUUUGAUCCUGUGGACUUCAUAGCAUUUAACAGGAUAUGGUUAUCGCAACAGGCCUGAAGUUUCAUUUCCUCCAGUGCCACUGUCUUGGCCUUGGUGCCCUUUCACAAUUUUUUUUAUAGACUUUCAGAUCUUCCAAUGGAAGUGCUUUUUGCAAAAUGAAAAUGGUCUCACUGCUCAAAGAUAAAAUUCAUGGCCUGUUGCAGUUGUCAUAUAACUUGAUCCUCAAUACUGAUUCUGAAAAAUAAUCACUAAGGUGAAAGUUUUCUUGAUGUGCUGGAAAUAAUACGCUGGAGAUCAGCUCGAUUUUUUUUAUUUUUUAUAAGUCCACAUGGCAUUAUAAGUUGGCUACCGUAAAAAAAAAAGAUUUUUUUAAUCCAAACAAUAAUCAUGAUUUAGCAGAAAUUAUUUUGAUGAGUAAUCAUGUUAAAUGGACUGAAUUCUACUCUUUUACAAACCAAAACUUAAACAAAUCAUGUCAGUUUAGGAAAGUUAUACCCUGUUAUGAAAGCCAAAAAACAGUAAUUUUUGUACAAAAUAAUGAUUCUCAGUCACCGAAAAAAAAUAAAAGACAAAAUCUGUCAAUAAGGUCAAGAAGGAAAGCACCUGGGUAUGUACAUUACUUAUGUAAAUAGAGUUUGUUUUGUUUUUCGUUUUUUUGGUUAAUGUUAUGAGAAAUUUAUGUGCAUGUACUUUGGUGAUAAAAGUUUACUUUCAAUAGAGCAAACAAAGAUAAUUUUGAACAGUAUUUAAAAGAUAACUUUUUAGUACAAUUUUGAUUAAGUUUUUACUUUGUAAGAUUUUUAAAAUUAUAAUCUUGACGUGCUAAACGAAUUCAAGUCAGGUGCUUUACCAAACGAUGAACAAUUUUUUAUGCAUCAUGUUUCCUCCACCGAUUUUAGCUUAGUCAAAUUUCAAAAGGAAUUAAAGGCUGCUUGGUCAUAACAAGUGAAAAUGCAAAGUUAAUAUUGGAAAACAUAUUUAUAUUGAUGUACAUAAAACUAAUUUUAAGCACAUUCCGUCCUUAAAAUGGAAAUUGCAUCCAUUGCAAUUUCUUGUGAAUACUUUUAUCGUUUAAUAAUCAUCACCAAAUGUAAUCAACUGGAGCAUGCAUAAAGUGAAUUAAUAAAACAAGUUUAUUGUACAUAAAGAAAA